UCUGCGCGAUGUCGUCGAAACUGCCAACAUAUUCAUUAAAAUGAUGGAGAAAUUCUGCAAGGACACCGUGUUUUUGCAGGAAAAGAAGCGUUCCAAGAAGCAUGGCCGCAAGCCAAAAGCAAAUAAAAAACCGGAACCCAAACCACAACUUACAGAGGAGGAAUUAUCAAAUAAAUGGGCUGAAAUCGCCGGUGAAGUAAGCGUAGUACUCACCUGUGAACUCCAGUUGCCAGAGGACGAUCAACCUUUGCCAUUCGAUGCGACAGCUGAAAAAAGCAUUGACGAUCAAAAGGAAGACUGUAUGACGCGUUUGCAUCGCUUUUUGCGUGAUCAACAAUUCGAAAAGGCGAUUACUCUACUUCGCGCCGCUAGAGAAGUCUGGCCGGAAAAUGAUGCAUUCGGCGCCAUGUCUGCCGCCCCAGAAGAUGAAUUGCUGCUGCUGCGCGAGAUCUACAUGCACAACAUUGAAUCAGCUACAACAACGGAAAUUGAAAACGAUGAUAACACGGACAAUGCUCAGUUCAUUGAAGGCGAAGAAGAAGAAGAAUAUGAUGACGAAGAGAACGAGGAAUGUCCAGAUGAAAUACUCGUCGAGAAGCCAUUUAAAUUUGAGGACUUUGCUAAAAGAUUGCUGAAUCCGAAAAUAAUACGCGCUUGUACAGUGGUUUUAGCCGAUUGGGAUCAAAUACCAACAAAAUCGUUGAAGUCAGCCGUCACCUUAUUGCAUCGCAUCGCUGUUGGCUGCUCUAGUCCGGCCAUGUUGUAUCAGGCAAAACUAUUUCGCAUCUUUCAACGCGUUUUAAGCGUCGAACGUGAUACUCAUCAUGAAGAGCUGCGGCGCCUUGGUAUCUAUGUUGUACGUAAAUUUGUCGAAGUGGCGCCCACAAAUCCGAAAAUCUUCGCUGAAUUAUUAUUCUGGAAAACGAUGAAAGAGGCAAACGAGUUGGAAGGCGGCUAUUGUGAUGCAUAUGAGCCCGCUAAAGGCGCCUGGACCGAAGAGCAAGAAGACCAACUGCGUAUGCUAUUUGAGGAAAAUCAACGUAAUCCUGAAACUGAUAAGGAUGUGAUUGAUUGGAUCAUCGAGCAUUUGAACGACAAGACACGCACUCGACGCAUGAUACUUAAGAAAUUAAAGGAACUCGGUUUGAUGUUUAAGGCGCCCACCAAGCGUUCUACUGCGAAUGCAGCUACUAAGCAUCUCUGGCGCACCGAAGAGGAUGAGGAGCUACAAAGCCUCUAUGACGAACAUCGAUUGGAGGAAGAUUGCUUACAGCGCAUUCUCAACGAAUUCGCUGAUCGGCGGACAAAACGUCAAAUUAUUCAGCGCCUUCUUCAGCUACACAUCAUCGCAGAUAAGUCAGAAAUUAUGCCGAAGAAGCAACGCAAACGCAAGCCAAAGAAGAAAACGGGCAGCUUUGAAGGCACUGAUGACGAAGGUGCCUUUAUGGAAGAACCCGUAUUCGGCGAGCUGGAACCACCGUCCGGCAAUAAAACCAAAUCAAAGAAGAAAAACAAACUGAAGAAGAAUAAAAACAAACCAGCGGCGGCACCCAAACCAUCGAAACCGGUAAAGCGGAAAGUGGUGCGAACGCCGCUCGAUGUGGGCACUGUGCGGGCAUUGAUUGCACAAGUUAUCGAGAAGUACCAGGACUCAAUCGAUUGGCUCAAAGAGUGUCUAGAGGAUGCAGCCGAAGAAACAGAGGAACCCAACGAAGAGGAUGAUGGUGUACCGUUGGUGCCACUACAAGAAUCUGCCUGCGAAGCUAUAGAGAAUGCGGAUUUUCAAAAGAUUCUCGUUGCUUUGGGCAUACAACCACCCUUGUUGGGUUCAGAAAGCUAUUGGCGCAUACCUGUGUAUCUUAACUCGGCCGACUUAAAGCUACGCGCUAAAAUAGUAGCUGGCGAUGAAAUCGAAAUUGAUUUGGAAGGCAUAGGGGAUGAAGGUGAGGACGCCAUUGAAGCGCCAGAAGGAGGAAUCGAUAAUGAGAAUGAUGACAGUGAUGACUCUAGCAGUGAGUCUGAAUCCGAUGCUAGCGGAGCAUCGAAGCAAGACAGUGAGAGCGAGGAAGAUUUCUUUGAUAACUUUGCUGAAAAGCACAAAAAGCGCAUGGCAGCAAUGGAUAGCUUCAUAGAAAAGCGUUCACAGAAAAUGCGUAGCAUAAUGUUUAACAAAAGCGAUGAGGAGGACACUGAACGUGCUGGUAUAGGACAGAAGAAGAAGCGCCAACGUAAGCCUAAAGAAGAAGACAAAAAACUGCACGAAAACUCGGAGGAUGAGGCUGCACAAGUUGAUGAAAUCAAGAGAAAACUCGACAAUAGGCGUCGUCAACCAGCCAUAAGCAGCGACGAUGAGGAUGAGCACAUUGAGAAACUAUUCAGCGAGAAAAAUACCGAUGCCGCAACCGAUUUAUUCGAUCAAUUGAAAUCUAAAACCAACAAGCAAAAGCGUAAAGAGACCACUUACACCGAAGAAUUGGAAGAGCUCAAUUUCAAUUCAGAAGACUAUCGUAAACGUUUACUCGAGCUGGGCGAAAGUGACGAAGAAAACGCAAUCGCCAAUGAAAAUGUGAGCAGCACUAGUAACAAUAAAACUCGCGUGCGGCGGGCUAACAUAAUUGACUCAGACAGCGAAGAUGAGAACCAGAAUGAGAUUGGCAAGGAUGAGAUGAUUGACGGCGAACAAAAUGCCAAGGACGACAACAAAGGCGUUAAUAAAGCCAACACCAUCAAUGAAAACGACGGCACUGCUGACAAAGAAGCUGCGACCGUUUCCGUUACUGAUACUGCCGCUGAUGCUGAUAUUGAGGUCGACGGUAAUUUGGGUGCUGCCAUUGUUGACAAAACAAGCAAUCAAGCGCAUGUUGGUGACAUAACCACAGGAGCGGACGAUACAGGAGCCGUUUUAGAGGAGACUCUACUGCCUGCAGCUACAAAUAAACGCAAAAGUGGUGUUUUGAACGAUAGCGUUGAGGAAGAAGAAAGUUUCAGUAGGCUUCAAGUCACGGACGACGAGGAAGAGGAUACAUUUAUCGCGCGUCGGAAACCAAAUCAAGAGGAACAACAGCGUUUAGCCAGCGGGGAGGAACCCGCCAAGCGUCGCCGUAUAGCUAUUAUCGACGACGACGAUGAUGAUGAGUAGGCAUCUGCUGUCUAAAACUCUUUGAAUAUCUGUGCACUUUACUGACUUUCUUCUUCGUUCUUUGGGCGAACUUGUUUUACAUGAAUUUCGAAUUUGAAUUUGGCUAUUUUACGUUUACUACAUUUUUGUUUCAUUUAUUUUUAAUCUGAAGACAAGACGUAAAGUGUACAAAAAAUCCAUUUUCGCUUUUAUUUUACAAUUAUUUGCUUUUAUAAAUAAAAGAUUCGGGUAAAAAAAAAAGUCGGGUA